UGAUGGAUGCCACAGCGCCCUUGCGAAAUCAUUCUUAAGAUGUUGGAUCCGUCCCCCGGGCUUCCGGGCUCAUUCCAUCGGUACAAUUCUCUCCGUUUCCUCCAAGUUUACAUUUCGCUGCCUCAAUCCAAGCAGAUAUUGUGUACUAACACAAGAGGUUCGAAAAUCUUGUACACGAGCAACUCGUUUUCCGGGCAAGGGCCGCAAUAGAGAAACGUCGACGCGGGGGCGCCCAGGGUUACGAGAUCAGACGACAUGGCUCAUACAGAGACUGUCCAGGCAUUGGUGUUACACGGGAAGAAUGACUUGAGACUGGAGACGAGACAACCGCCUGUUCUGCAGCCUGGGGAGGUCCAAAUAGCCAUCAAGGCAACAGGUAUUUGUGGUUCGGACUUACACUACUACCGUCAUGGACAGAAUGGAAACUUUGUUGUUCGGGCGCCACUCGUCCUCGGCCAUGAAGCAUCAGGCGUUGUCACUGCUGUUCCUGAGGUUGCAAAUGGUGUCACAAAUGGCGACGCUCCUUCCUCGAGUCUCAGAGUUGGCGACAGAGUGGCAUUGGAAGUAGGUUUCCCUUGCCGCUCGUGCGCCCUGUGUACCGCGGGUCGAUACAACCUGUGCUCCAAGCUAUCUUUCAGAUCUUCUGCAAAGACUUUCCCACACAUGGACGGAACGCUGCAAACAUUGGUCUCACAGCCAGUCGCCAUGUGCCACAAACUACCCGAAAACGUCACCUUCGAACAAGGUGCCCUGGUAGAACCCUUAGCCGUCUCUCUGCACGCAUUGAACCGCAGUCAGUCUGCGGGAUCUGGAGUGGGAGUGCCUUUGGUUGGGUCAAGCGCCUUGGUCUUGGGAGCGGGCGCCGUGGGAAUGCUGACCGCUGCUGCUUUGUCUGUUGCUGGAGUAUCCAAGACUGUCAUCGCCGACAUCGACGGUCCCAGAUUAAAGAUCGCCGCAACGCUAGGUGGAGGCAAGUUUAAGCUGAAGACAUUCCUCAUUCCUCGAAGCCCUCCCGCCCCAACGAUUCCAGAGAUUCUGUCGGACGCACAAAGACAAGCGGCGGAGAUCUGCGAGGCAGAGGGACUAGAAGCUGGGUUUGAUCGCGUAUUUGAGUGCUCAGGCGCGCCACCAUGUGUCCAGAUAGGCGUGUAUGCAACCGCAGCAGGCGGGAAGCUGGUCCUGGUUGGAAUGGGCACACCGGUUCAGACCUUACCGCUGGGUGCGGCUGCUUUGAGGGAGGUGGACGUUAUCGGCGUAUUUAGGUAUGCCAACUGCUAUCCUGCGGCCAUUGCACUUUUUGCCAGUGGUCAGCUGGACGGUGUCGCAGAGGAUCUGGUCACGCAUCGGGUGGCUCUUGCGGACGGAGAGAAGGCAUUCAGAGUGGCUUCUAAUACAGCGCAGGAGGGGGAGGACGAGGGGAGGGUCCCCGUGAAGGUGGUGAUCACAUCAUAAUGCACUAGACUUGUGCUUGCGAAUCUGCGUAGAGCUGCUGUAUACACCUGUACAUUGGAUCAAUUAGAAACU